AUGGAUAUUGUGCAAAAUGAAAGAAACAAGCUCUUCAAUGAAGGACUGGAAAUGAUGCUCGGUAAUGAAAUUCAGUUAAGUGACAGUGAAAUAAAAGCAAAUGAAAUAAUUAUGGACCUUAAAUUAGAAGAACUAGAACACGGUUUCCAGUAUCCAAAGAAUUUUAAAUUCGCAAAGCAUUUCUUUGACUAUAAAGAUGAAGUAAAAGAAACAAAACUGUUCCAGUUGAUUAAGAAAAUGCCGAAAGGAGCGGUACUUCACGCUCAUGAUACGGGUAUAUUGGGACCAGAUUACAUGGUAGGACUCACCUACUGGAAGGAUCUUUACGUUUGUUUUACUGAAGACAGUGUAAAAUUCCUUUUUUCUAAAGUUGUGCCUAAUGCUACGUGUGAGACAGCAUGGCAGCUUAUGAGAGAUGCAAGAUAUUCUUCAGGAAAUGUUAAGAAAUUCGACAGCAGUCUAAGAAAAUAUUUUACAAUGGUAAUUGACAAUCCUGACAAAACGUACACUGAUGUGAAUACUGCAUGGGAAAAUUUUCAAAAUUACUUCAUAGCUUCUGCACCUUUGUUAUGUUAUAAGCCUGUCUGGGAGCAGUACUUCUAUGAUACACUUAAAGCAUUAAGAGAAGAUGGAGUCAUGUACUUUGAAGUAAGAAGUGUGUUACCACAAUUGUAUGAUUUAGAAGGUAGGAUUUACAAUUCUGUUGAAACUGCUGAAUCCUACAAAAAAGUCGUGGAGCAAUUCAAAGUUGAUUACCCUGAUUUUUAUGGAGCGAAACUCAUAUAUGCUCCAAUGAGAUUCGUCAACGAAGAAGCGAUAGACGAAUACAUUGAAACUGCUAGAGAAAUUAAAAGAAGAUUACCAUGUUUCUUAGCAGGAUUUGAUUUGGUUGGCCAAGAAGAUUUAGGGAAACCUCUGAAGUCAUUUUUACCUAAGCUUAUUGAAGCUGGUAAGGAGUUUGAUUUGUUUCUACACGCUGGUGAAACUAACUGGAAUGGAUUGACUUCUGAUGAAAAUUUGUUUGAUGCCGUAGUUUUAGGUACUAAACGUAUAGGUCAUGGUUUUGGUAUAGUGAAGCAUCCAGUGUUGAUGAGGGAAGUGAAGCAAAGAGAUAUUGCUUUGGAAGUUAAUGUUAUAUCAAACGCUGUUUUAAAACUAGUUGCAGAUGUAAGGAAUCAUCCCCUAGCUGCUUUUCUAGCACAAGGUCUGCCAGUGGUUUUAUCUAGUGAUGAUCCUGGGGUUUGGGAAGCAGAGCCUUUGAGUCACGAUUUUUAUGUUGCAUUUGUUGGUGUUGCGAGUAGACACGCAGACUUGAGAUUAUUGAAGAAGUUAGCGUUGAAUUCUUUGUAUUAUAGUACAUAUCCAGAUAAGGAUAAAAUAGUGCAUGAUUUUGAGAUCCGUUGGACAAAGUUUAUUGAUACUGUUGUCAGAGAUAAGUGGUGA